ACAAACCUUCAAAAAAAUCUCAGUUUUUUUCCCAAAACGAGUAGAGAUCAAAACUCAAAAGCUUUUUCAUUUUUUUUUUGCUAGUUUCUUCAAAACGAGUAGAGAUCAAAACCACCCAAAAAAAACAGAGGUUUUUCCUUUUCCUUUUCCUCUUUUUUUUUUCUUUUUCUUUUUGUUCUGUUUCAUCUUUGCUCUUUCUUUAUGGUCGGUCAGUCACAUUCUGGUUAAAAAAAAUAAGAAUUGUUUUUCCUUUGGUAAUGGAUAUCUUUUCAACCCGAUUUCCAUUUUCUCUUGUAAAACAUCUCAUCCUCGUCCAUUUCUUUUUCUCUCACUCCGGUGAAAAAAGUUAUCAACUUUGUCUUUCCCAAAAGCUUUAAUCUUUUGUCCCCAUUUUCCUUUUAUUUAGCUUCUCUGUGUAGUUUCUGGAUCGUACCUGUUGUACAAGACGGAGAAAACGCAGAUUGAUUGCUUGUUUGUCCUGACACCCUCAAUUCAGACAAAAAAAAAUCAUUGUUUUCUGACGAAGAGACACACCUAAUGGGCUCAGAGCAGCAGCACAUGUUUCCUCAGCAAGAACAAGAACAGGGUUUAUGUUAAAGUCUCCACCUUUCUUUUGUUCUAAAGAGGAAAAAGUGGGGAGGUUGUUUAGGAGUCUUGUCAUGUUUCAAGUCCCAAAAGGCCCUAAAACAAAUCGCCCCCGCCUCCUCUCGCAUUCCUGAAUGCGGCAAUGCCUCAGCUUCACAACCAAGCGGAGGUGUCUUGACCAACCAAGCUACUACAAGAGCAAUGAAUCCAGCUUUCAUGGCUCCACCCUCCUCUCCCGCUUCCUUCACAAACUCCGCUCUUCCUUCAACCGCUCAGUCACCAAACAACUACUUAUCUCUCUCUGCCAACUCCCCUGGAGGUCCUUCUUCUAGCAUGUACGCCACCGGACCUUACGCUCACGAAACCCAACUGGUCUCACCUCCUCCUGUUUUCUCCACUCUCACCACCGAGCCCUCCACUGCUCCUUUCACUCCUCCUCCGGAGCUUGCUCACUUGACUACUCCUUCUUCCCCUGAUGUCCCUUACGCUCGUUUCUUGAACUCUGGCAACGGCCAUUACAAUGAUCUUCGCUCUACGUACUCUCUUUAUCCUGGUAGUCCAGCCAGAUCACCUCAAACUGGAGUCUCCACACCUCUGCAGGAUGAGUCGAACUUCUUCUGUCCUGAAACCUUUGCCAAGUUUUACUUGGAUCACGACCCUUCUGUUCCUCUAAACGGUGGAAGGUUAAGUGUGUCCAAGGAUUCAGAUGUGUACUCUACUAAUGGGAACCAGAACAGGCAGGCGAGGCAAGACAUGGAGGAGUUGGAAGAAGCUUAUAGAGCUUCCUUUGGGUUUAGUGCUGAUGACGUCAUCACAACUAGUCAGUAUGUAGAGUUCACUGAUGUGAUGGAUGACUCUUUAGUCAAGGCAAAGGCUUACUCACCAAGCGAAGGACAAAAGCUGCUUAGAGGAGAAGCAAAUCUGCUGAGUCAAACAAGCUCAAAAUCAGAAGAGGUUUUACUGUCAAGAAACCGCAUCCACGCUGAUGAAGAGGCUUUAUUGUCAAGAGUGGGGUCUGUAAAGAAAUGGAACAGAAACUAUCCCGCUGGUGUUUCAAGCUCUGAUGCAGAGAUAGAAUACAGAAGAGGAAGAAGCUUAAGAGAAGGCAGAGAGAACAGACACAGGAGAUAGCCUGAUCAAGGAACAAAAACAUAGCCAGCUCUAGCUCUGUUCUAAAGGUCUUUUUAAGUUGCAGAAGUAUUUAAUAUGAUCUUGUGAUGCUAACUCUUGAGAUAAGUAUUUAGUUUUUAAGUAUA